CAAGGCCAGACCUAUCACCAUAUAUUUACUGGAUAUUUACACGUGUUUAUUUCUCUUAGUGUAUAUAUGCUGAGAGUUUAAUCUCUAUUUUAGUGACUAAACUUUUUUCUUGCGAUGAAAAGUUAAUCACAGCCUUAAUGACCCUAGUGUAUUCGAUAGGACUUGAACCCUAUUAACCAACCAUCAAGUGGGUGCUUUAAGCCAAGGAACUGGAGGCUAUUCACUCUUUCAGUGUUCCCAAUGAAAAAUUCACAUUGUGUGACUUGCAUUAUUUCAAUUUAAGUCGACAUAUGUCCAUAACACCUGUGUGCCCUCAGGGCCAUUGAAAUAAAAAUGCAUGCAACACGCAUUCCUCAUCUGGGGUAAUAAGGGAAUGGAGAGAAGAAUUAAGCUGAGGACUUUAAAUGAGCACAUUGUUUGUGCUAUUUGUUCUGGCUACCUGGUUGAUGCCACUACAGUCACUGAAUGUCUUCAUACUUUUUGCAAAUCAUGUCUGGUAAAACACCUGGAAGAGCGCAAUACUUGUCCAACUUGCGACAUUGUCAUUCAUCAGUCGCACCCUUUAAACUACAUUUCAUUCGAUCGAACCAUGCAGGAUAUUGUAUGCAAGCUUGUACCUUUACUUCAAGAAGGAAUGUGUAUCCAAUUACAACAUGGCUGUCUGUGGGAAAAUAGAGAUCCAAACACUGUCAGUAUGAAAAACUUUUCUGGACUGCAUCCAAGUCUUUAAUUGGAGCCCUACUGUGUAUGUGCAUUAAGCCAAUGGCUUGUCUAAGCUUUGUAAAUAGAGAAAUUAUAAGAGCUAAUGCUACAUUUAUGGUAUACAUAUGCAUUGCUCAGAAUUUAAGUGGAAAUGAAUACUCCUUAGGUGAAGAAAAUACCUAGAUAGCAAAAAAAAA